AUGGACAGCAAGGCAAGUCAAAUCAUCAAUCACUCGCAGCUCUACCUCAGUCCCUCAUCAUCGCGCCGUGCUGACCGCCUGCACCACCACAUCCUUUGUUUCCAACGCGUCGUGACUCGUGAACCAGCAUCGAACCCCGCCGUCCAACCUAGCGCGUUUUCGUUCCUCCAUGCGUCGCCGGCAUCGAUUUGGCGAGAACGCUCGCGGUGGCCGCCGUCCGUCGGCGAUGGGCGGACUCUGCUCCAAGGAGGGCAUGUGGAGGCGCCGCCUGCCGCCCCGCACCCCGUGGCGCACCUGCAGAAGGCGUCAAGCCAGUCCCUCAAGCAGCUCAUCACGCUCACCGCCAAGGAGGAGGACGCUGUCGUCGUGCACGCCGACGCCAAGGCCAACGGCGGCAUCGUCGUGCCCGCUCUGGCCAAAGAGGCCGUGGAGAUGACCGCGCCUCCCGUGGUGGUCAUCACGUCCCUCAGCAAAUCCUACAGCCCCGCCGGGGCGCCCACGCACCACCGGUGCGCCACGGUGGACAUCGGCGGGGACAACAGCAGCGCGGCCGCGGACUGUGGCGGCGGCACGCAGGCGCAGCAGGUGAUCUCCAGCGUGCCGCAGGGGUUCUCCGGCGAGCACGUCAUCGCCGGAUGGCCCUCCUGGCUGACGUCCGUCGCCGAAGAGAUCGCGAGGGUGGCUGCCCCGCCGUGCCGACACGUUCGAGUGGCUGGACAAGAUCGGGCAGGGCACGUACAGCAACGUGUACAAGGCGCGGGACCUGCAGAGCGGCAAGAUCGUGGCGCUGAAGCGGGUGCGCUUCGUCGACAUGGACCCGGAGAGCGUGCGGUUCAUGGCAUCGUCACCUCGUGCCUCUCGCACCGCCUCUACCUCGUCUUCGAGUACAUGGAGCACGACCUCGCCGGCCUCGCCGCGCUGUCCGGGCAGCGCUUCACGGAGCCGCAGGUCAAGUGCUUCAUGCGCCAGAUCCUCGAGGGCCUGCGCCACUGCCACGCGCGCGGAGUCUUGCACCGGGACAUCAAGGGCUCCAACCUCCUCAAGUCCUCAUCGGCGACAACGGCAUGCUACGGAUCGCCGACAUCGGGCUCGCCAGUCGCCACCUUCUUCGACCCCGGCAAGACGCAACCCAUGACCAGCCGCGUCGUCACGCUCUGGUACCGCCCGCCGGAGCUCCUGCUCGGCCCCACCGAGUACCGCGUCGCCGUGGACCUGAGGAACACCGGCUGCAUCCUCGCCGAGCUGCUCGCGGGCAAGUCCAUCAUGCCCGGCCAGACCGAGAUCGAGCAGCUGCACAGGAUCUUCAAGCUCUGCGGCUCGCUGUCCGAGGACUACUAG